AUGGGCGGCGACGGCGGCGGCGAGAAGGGAGUCGUGAGGCGGUACGUCAGAUCCAGGACUCCUAGGAUGCAUUGGACGGCCGAGCUCCACAGCAGCUUCCUGCAGGCCAUUCGCUGCCUCGGCGGUGAACGCCACGCUACACCUAAACUGGUUCUUCGGCUCAUGGGUGUGAAGGGCCUUACCAUUGCUCAUGUCAAGAGCCAUCUCCAGAUGUACAGAGGCCCGAGCCCUCGCAGGGUGAAGAAAGAUGCGCAACCACAGCUGCAAAGGAAGCACUCAUGUGCUGCUGAUGAGCAAGGAGGCCCCAAGGCGUUCAUGUGCCCACCUCUGAAAAGGGCCGUGAUGGGGACAGAGGCCACACACAAAGGCAUGCAAGGAAGCCGUGGAAUCAGUGAGAUGAAGACUGCUGCUGGCCCUGGUAGUACCCAGCAUUGCAUUGAUGAUUACAUGCAAGCCUUGGCCGCGGAGAAGAGAAUAAAGGAUGAGGGUCUCAGGUGGCAGAGGGAUGCUGCUGCCACCGCUGCUUCCAACCUCCAAACCGUGGGAUGUUUGGAGCAAGGAUCUGGCGACUUUAAGAUCAUGAAACCGGAAGCACGAUACCCUGGUCCGGUCUUCCUCUUUGGCGAUGCAGCAAGGGAAAUUUCUCCGGAGCAACGCUCGCUGCCACUAUCCCUUGCCCUAGACCCGAAAGUCAUCGACGCCGGCUCCUCAUCGCGGAGCGAAGGCAGCUGCAUCAUCUCUUCGCCGUCACCCAGGGGGAGGAGCUCCAGCGGCUGCUCCGGGCACUCCUUCAGCUUUGACGCCUCGGGAGUAAACCUGGAACUCUCAUUGUCCAUCUGUGGAUCAUAG